AUGCCGGCAAAUUCCAACAUGGUGUUGCAGCUCAAAAAGCUCGGCAUUGAUGAUCUCGUGCACUUUGAUUUCAUGGACCCGCCAGCGCCAGAGACUCUGAUGCGUGCCCUUGAGCUUCUCAACUACCUUGGUGCCCUGGAUGACGACGGUGAAUUGACGCCCCUCGGCUCUCAAAUGUCCGAGUUUCCCCUUGACCCUCAGUUGUCCAAAAUGCUGAUUGCCAGUACCGAGUUCAACUGCAGCAAUGAAAUGCUCUCUAUCGCUGCGAUGCUUUCCGUGCCCAAUGUCUUUUUGCGUCCCAACGACCAGAAGCAGGCUGCCGAUGAAGCCAAGAACCGUUUCGCGCACGUGGAUGGUGAUCAUCUUACCAUGCUCAACGUUUAUCAUGCCUACAAGGGCAACAACGAUGACAAGGACUGGUGCUGGGACAACUUUCUCCAGUUUCGCUCCCUGAAGCAAGCCGAUGACGUGCGCAAACAGCUCGGCGGCAUCAUGGAUCGCGUCGGUCUUGCACGCGUCAGCACCGACUUUUCUAGCCGCGACUACUACAUUAACAUUCGCAAGGCCAUGACGGCUGGCUUCUUCAUGCAAGUGGCCCACCUUGAGCGCACUGGUCACUACCUGACCAUCAAGGACAACCAGGUCGUUCUGCUGCAUCCCUCAACCGCCCUCGACCACAAGCCCGAGUGGGUUCUCUACCAUGAGUUUGUUCUCACAUCCAAGAACUACAUCCGCACCGUCACGGAGGUUAAGGCUGAAUGGCUGCUGAGCAUUGCUCCGCAGUACUACGACAUGGGAAAUUUCCCCGAGUGCGAGGCCAAGAAGAUCUUGUCGCGCAUGAUCGGCCGCCAGCGGCGGUAAAAUUGGACGUUCCUGUCGCGCCGGAGGAGUGUCGGUUAGCGUUUGGCAGCGGUGCUAUGGGCGCUGCCGCGCUUGAUCUGUCGAACUUAAUUGAUGUCAUGACAAGC